GUCCCUGUGAGCUCUGCAGUCUGCUGGAGAAGCCCCCAGAAGAGGGGAGCUGGGCUGGAACCGCUGCAGGAGCAUCCCAGGGUCAGCUGGGGUCUGGGCUGAGGAUGAAGGUGCUAAACCUGGGGGCAGGGACCCGCCUGUGCCCCCAGCACCCAGCCCGGGCACCCACUCGGCACCGCAUCGCGCAGGGCUGCGGGGACACCCAGCGGCCACCCUUUAAAGCAGCAUUUGGGGACCCCAGAAGAUGCUGGAAAAACUAUUUGCCCGGUUCUCCGACACCUCCCUGGGCCACGGGGUGCCCCCCAGCCCACGCAGUGUGUUCAGGCACCUGGGGCAGAGCUCAGUGCCCCCAGCUGCACCGGGCAGGGGGUCGAGGUGGGUGUUUCCAGCACCCAAGUGGGCUCUGGGGUUGGUUUGAGUUGGGCUCAGCUGGGUUUGGCCCCGGGAGGAGCGUUUCAGCUGCAGGGUGGGCUGAGGGGAUGGCAAAGCUGUGUUCAAGGCAGAGCCUGGCUGCAACACGAAGGAGCAGGAUGAGUCCCCCGAGCUGGCUGGGGCUGCCCCAGCGCCGAGUGAGCUGGGGAGGGAGUUUGGGUCUCGGGGGUUUUGGCUGAUCCCUCUGCGCUUGCCCUGAAGCAGCGCUCGGUUUGGGCACCCGCUCCGCAACGCUGCAGAGCUCGUGGUGCCGCAGGGGUGCGGUGCCAACCCGGGGUUCAGGGCAGCCAUCCCCCCCCCAGGUCAUCCAGCCUGGGAACCUGCCCAGCGCUCCCCGCUGAGCCUGGCCAGCAAGGGUCCUUCCCACGGGACACAUCCAGCCUGCACAGGGGCUGAUCCUGCUCAGGGCUACGGGCAUGGUGCAGGGCCUAGCAAGCAGCAGCCGGAGGGAUGGAGGCACAAUUGUCAUCAGGACCUGGGUGUUGUCCCCAUCCCCGUGCCUUAGACACCCCAUCGGACCCCAUCGGAGCCGGUCGCAGCUUGCUGGUGGCAGGGAGCCGAGCCUGGGGAUGCCACCAGUGCCACCAGGUGCUCUGUGACAUCAGGCAGAACGGGGACAAAGAGGUGACACCAGGCAGCGAGUCUGGGGACUGUCCCGUGCCGCCUGGGUGUACCCGAGGCCACCGGGGCAGAUGCUCAGAGGGUGGAUCAGCUGCAGGGUCCCUGGGGAGGGACAGGGGGACAUGGGGUGCUGUGGAGGAACCCAGCUCCGCAGCACCCUCUUGCUAGACAGCCCCCGGCACUAAAGUCGCCUCCUGCCCCGCCACAGACACAGACCCCCGGGGUUGCAUCCUUCCCAGCCGUGCCCUCGGCCACAGCCCUGUUGGGUGGGAGACCCUUGGGUGUCAGCGGGGUGCCCCCGUUCACAGCAGGGCCGGGACGAGGAGGGGAUGGACCCCAGCAAGCUGCCAAAACCCUGCAGUCCCGCAGCCACCGAGGCUCAGCAGCAGCCACCAUCAUGUGGUUCAACAGAAAGUCGGGACACAUCUGCCUGCUCCCAAGCCCCACCGGCCCCCAGGAGGGUGUCCUCAUGCGGCAGGACCUCCACAUCCAGCCAGAGUGCCAAGUCCUGCAAGAAAUCCACAUCCAGCAGGACCUCCGAGGGGGCUGCCCUGUGGUGCAUGGUACUGACGGCCGAGACAUAUCCACCCAGGCAGGCAGUGUACAGGAAGGACGUGCCGAAGGCAGAUAAAGCAACGCAGACCCCUUCUUCCUUCGAGGUGUUACAGAAGGAAUGGCUGCCACAGGGCGAGAAGAAGAAGGAAAAUAAGUACAUGAGCGAUGACCAGGAUCAGCAGCAGCAGCGAGCCUCAAGGGCCAGCAGUGCCACAGAGAGCUGCUCCCAAGCAUCGCAGCGCAGAGCCCCCAGCCCCCCCGAGGCAGCUGUCACAGCCCAGAACAGGAAGAGCAUGUCCAGCCUCUGCGUGAAUCUGUACAAGGAGGAGGGAGAAGAGCAGGAUGAGGCUGUGCUGGAGCUGGAAGGGAAGCAGGUCAAUGUUGGAGAGGUGAAGUCUCACCUACACCCAGUGGAAAUCCACUUACCAGACCAGACUCGCCAGGAGGCACAGGAGGACAUGGCUGUGGAUGGGGACACAGUUGACAUCCAUGAUGCAGAUUCCAACAUGGGCACCACAGAGGUCCCCUUAGCCAACGAGGAUCUGCAGGAAGCCCUAGGACACACUGCAGAGGACACAGCCACUGUGGAUAAUCAGGGCUCUGACCUGGCCACGGUGGAGACCCACUUGAGCCCAGAGCCACAGGAGGUGCUGAGUCUUGUUGCUGUGGAUGGUGUCUCUCCGGCUGCCAUUCCGCUGUCAUUGCCAAGGCCUGAAAUCUCCCUGGAGAGCCAGUCCCUGCUGCUGGCGAGACACCCUGCUUCAUUCAAAUAUUGCCCGGGCCCUACCUUAGGGUACAAAGGUGACGGCCAGGACCUCAGUUCCAUCCUGGGCUCCGUGGCCACCGAGGUCCCCCUGACCAGCAAGGAGAAGCUGGAAGCCUUAGGACACAUGGAAGGUGAGGAUGACAGGAAGGUGAAUCCGGGUGAAUCUGUGAAGGCGGUGAGGUUGGUUCAGCAACCACCCCUGGGGGAAGAGGACAAAGUUGAUGUCAGCGGUGAGGGCUCCAUCCUGGCCACCCCACAGAUCCAUUCAAAACCAGAGAAGCUGAAAGAGGCAAAAGCGAAUGAAAGAGUUGCUCCUUCUCCUGGCUCUGCUCCCAAAACCAGGGUGACACCAAAGCCUCUGCCAAAGAAGAGGGUGAUAAAACCCCUCCCAAGGGAGGCACCCAGGGAGCCCUCAUGCAUCCCUCAGCAGAGAAUUGAGUGCAAAGCAGCAAAGAACAUGACAAGGAAACAACGGAAAGCAUUCUCCGAUGCUUUCAACUUAUUCCCCAAAGACCCGGGCGGCAAUAUUAAUCUUCACAGCCUGGAGGUGACCGCUAAGCAGCUGGGGAUUAGCUUAACCAGUCAAGAGGCGUACAAUGAACUGGUGUGUGCAGAUACCGAUGGAGACAGGACAGUGGAUUUCUCUGACUUUCUGGACAUCGUUACUGACAAGAAGCAUUUCACCCAGACAAUAUCCCCUGGGAAAAGUGACUCAGGCAGCUUCGAUUCUGUCAAUGCCAAAGGAAUCCUCCUCUUCAAAGUCUUCUUGAAGCUGGUGGAGUUGGCAGCUCUGCCCCGGAGAACUCUGUUUCAGAUUAUCAGUUACUACGAGCAGAAGCUUAGGGACUGCACUGGCCAAAAAGUCUGGUUGGAUGGUGACUUCCUCAAGUGUCGCAGAAAGAAGCCCCACAAAAUUCAGAAAAAGCCAGUUUACCCGAUGCCUGCCUUUGUAAGUGCUGCCCGUGUCUCAGCCAUGAACAAAAGGGACAAAACAGCUUACAGGGAGCACCUCAAAGGCAGCCCUUAUGCCCAGGUACCCAUCUUCCCGCUGAUUUCUAAACAAGACGCAACGACACUGGCAAAGCCAAGAAAAGGCUUGCAGAAGGUGGCAAGGCAGAGGAAUGAGCCAACCGCUUUGUCUGCGAGCCACUUCUUCCGUGACAGAGACCGGGUGCAGGAGGCAGCUGCUCUCAAGCCUCCCGCUCUCCACAGAAAGCAGAGACACUCCCCUGCUGUCAACACCGAGCGCCCAAAUACACCCCGUCAUCUGACAAUGGACAGCCCGCGCAAGACACAAACACAAGCGCAGGCAGCCAAGCCGUACAGGCACAGCCCGGCCCUCCGCCAGCGCCGCAGCCUGCUGAAGCUGUGGCAGAAGAUCGGCGGGGGCCAGACAGGCAGCGAGCACUUCCACCACACCUUCUGCACCUACUCCUGGUCGUGGAACGCCCACCGCGAACUGGUGACAACCGCUGAUCUCCACAAGCUGGACCGCCGGCUCUGCCGGCGGCGGCGGCCGCCGGCCGUGAGGGAGGGAACAGCGAUGGACACCAGGCGAAGGCCAUGCCCGGACGCCACCGGAGGCCGGUGA